UUUCCCCCACCAUGAAGGCACAUUUCCUUCCUAGCCUUUGCUUCUCUUAUCUGGGAGAUUUUUUUCCCCCCCCAAGCGAAGCAUGAACAGUUGUUAAGUGGAAAAUGGAGGCUGAAUUUUACAUGGCGAUUCUUACCUGCUGGAUCUUUGGGAAUUCAGAGGGGUUUCAGAUCGUCCAUGUCCAUAAACAAGAGUGCCUUUCCAAAAAUAAGAGAGUGGUCGUGGGUUUGUGUGAUGGGACCAGCCAGAACCAGCAGUGGAUGUGGACUGAGGAUGGAAAACUCCUUCAUGUUAAAUCUGCUCUGUGCCUGGGCAUCUCCAAUUCUCGUGGUCCUUCCCUAUCAGCUAUCUCUACCCACUGCUCCCAGGCACCCCGAUGGACUUGCCAUGAGCAGGAAGGGUUCCUUGAGGUGGAAAAUACCUCUCUCUUUCUCAAGAAACAAGGCUCCAAGGUAGUGGUCAAGAAGGACAGGAAAUACCUCCAUAGCUGGAUGAAAAUAGAUAUCAACCAGGAGGGAAAACCAGUGAAUGGAAGCCUCUGCUUAAAAAAAGCUGUCCUGGGAGCAGAAGUUUCAGUGAGGAGCACUAGAAACACGGCUCCGCCCCAAAUCCCCACUACUUUAAAUGCACUUCCAUAUAGCCUGGAACACCUUAUUAGGAACACCACAGAAGCCUUCACCAGAAGUACAACAGAACACUCCAGCCACAACAGCAGACAGAGGCAGCACCCCGAUCUGCAGAUGACUGGAAUUACAGAGACACCUUGGGUCCCCUGGACUAUUCGGCCCUUCUCCAGCACCACGGAACAGACUGGACUGGGGGAGCCAGUGAGAUGUAACUUCACCCUGACGGAGUCCAAGGUCUCCAGCCGGUCCGCGUCUCUCCAGUGGAGAACUCUGGGGUCACCCUGUAACUUCAGCCUCAUCUAUAGCAGUGACACGUCAGGGGUCGCAUGGUGCCACCCCACGCGGAUAGACAACACCACCUAUGGAUGCUACCCCAAGGAUCUGCAGGCGGGAACCACCUAUAACUUCAGGAUUGUGUCUCUGGAUGGAGAAGAGAGAACUGUGGUCUUGCAAACAGAUCCUUUACCUCCUGCUAAGUUUGAAGUCAGUAAAGAGAAGACUACUUCAACCAGCUUGCAUGUUUGGUGGACUCCUUCUUCUGGAAAAGUCACCUGGUAUGAGAUCCAAUUGUUUGACAAUAACCAAAAGAUACAGGAGACCCAAAUUCAAGAAAGUACUUCAUGGAAUGAACAUACAUUUUUUAACCUCACUGCUGGUAAUAAAUACAAUAUUGCCAUCACAGCUGUUUCUGGAGAGAAACGUUCCCUUACAAUUUAUACCAAUGGAUCAACAGUGCCAUCCGCAGUGAAAGAUAUCAAUAUUUCAGCAAAAACCAAUUCUCUCCUGCUUUCCUGGUCCCAUGGCUCUGGGAAUGUAGAAAGAUACCAGCUACUGCUGAUGGAUAAAGAUGUCCUAGUUCAUGGCAGUGUCGUGGACAAACAUGCUACUUCCUUCAGUUUUCACGGACUGACACCUGGACACCUCUAUAACCUUACCAUUGUGACCGAGGCUGCAGGGCUGCAAAACUACAGAUGGAAACCGGCCAGGACAACCCCCAUGGAAGUCUCAAAUCUAAAGGUGACAAAUGAUGGCACUUUGACCUCUCUAAAAGUCAAGUGGCAAAGACCUUCUGGAAAUGUGGAUUCCUACAACAUUACCCUGUUUCACCAAGGGACUAUCAAAGAAUCCAGAACAUUAGCACCCCAAGUUACAGAAACCCAAUUUAAAGACUUAAUCCCUGGACGUCUUUAUCAAGUUACCAUCAGCUGUGUCUCUGGUGAAUUGUCUGCUCAGAAGAUGGCAGUGGGCAGAACAGUUCCAGAGAAAGUUGGGAACCUGGAGGUAAACAGCAAUGGUUCGAUAAGGUCCCUAAUAGUGAGCUGGUCGCCCCCUGCUGGAGACUGGGAGCAGUAUCGUAUCCUACUCUUCAAUGAUUCUGUGGUGCUGCUUAAUAUCACCGUGGGAAAGGAGGAAACACACUAUGCCAUAGAUGAUGUGGGGCUCAUACCGGGAAGACAGUAUGAAGUAGAAGUCACUGUUGAGAGUGGAAAUCUGAAGAAUUCGAAGCGUUGCCAAGGCAGGACGGUCCCCCUGGCUGUCCUCCAGCUUCGUGUCAAACAUGCCAAUGAAACCUCACUGGGCGUCAUGUGGCAGACUCCUGUAGCAGAAUGGGAGAAAUACAUCAUUUCACUAGCUGACAGAGACCUCUUACUCAUCCACAAGUCGCUCCCCAAAGAUGCCAAAGAAUUCACUUUUACUGACCUGGUGCCUGGACGAAAAUACAUUGCUACAGUCACCAGUAUUAGUGGAGACUUAAAAAAUUCAUCUUCAACUAAAGGAAGAACAGUGCCUGCCCAAGUGACUGGCUUGUAUGUGGCCAACCAAGGAACAACCAGCAGUCUGUUUACUAACUGGACCCAGGCCCUGGGAGACAUAGAAUUCUACCAAGUCUUACUGAUCCAUGAAAACGUGGUCAUCAAAAAUGAAAGUGUCUCCAGUGAGACCAGCAGAUACAGCUUUCACUCCCUCAAAUCAGGCAGCCUCUAUUCUGUGGUGGUAACAACAGUGAGCGGCGGGAUCUCAUCCCGACAAGUGGUGGUGGAGGGAAGGACAGUCCCUUCCAGUGUGAGCGGAGUGACGGUAAACAAUUCUGGUCGCAAUGACUACCUGAGCAUUUCCUGGCUGCCGGCUCCUGGAGACGUGGAUAACUAUGUGGUGACACUCUCUCAUGGCAGCAGGGUCGUUCAGUCCCUCGUUAUUGCCAAGUCUGUCAGUGAAUGUUCCUUCAGCUCCCUUACCCCGGGCCGCCUCUACAAUGUGACUAUAACUACGAGGAGCGGCAAGUAUGAAAACCAUUCCUUCAGCCAGGAGCGAACAGUGCCUGACAAGGUCCAGGGAGUCAGUAUUAGCAACUCGGCCAGGAGUGACUAUUUAAAGGUAUCCUGGGUGCAUGCUACUGGAGACUUUGAUCAUUAUGAAGUCACCAUUAAAAACAAAAACAACUUCAUUCAAACCAAAAGCAUCCCCAAGCCUGAAAACGAGUGUGUAUUUGUUAAGUUAGUCCCUGGACGGUUGUACAGUGUUACUGUUAGUACAAGAAGUGGACAAUAUGAAGCCAGUGAACAGGGGAAUGGAAGAACAAUCCCAGAGCCUGUUAGGGAUCUAACAUUGCGGAAUAGGAGCACUGAGGACCUUCUGGUGACUUGGUCACGAGCUGAUGGGGAUGUUGACCAAUAUGAGAUCCAGCUACUCUUCAAUGAUAUGAAAGUAUUUCCUCCUUUUCACCUCGUAAAUACUGCAACUGAAUAUCGAUUCACCUCCCUGACGCCAGGGCGCCAGUAUAAAAUUCUUGUCUUGACCAUCAGUGGAGAAGUACAGCAGUCAGCCUUCAUUGAGGGCUUCACAGUUCCAAGCGCUGUCAAAAAUAUCCAUGUUUCUCCCAAUGGGGCGACAGACAGCCUGACAGUCAACUGGACUCCUGGUGGGGGUGAUGUUGACUCCUACACAGUGUCAGCGUUCAGGCAGAAUCAGAAGGUGGAGUCUCAGACUGUCUCCAAACACGUCUCAGAGCACACAUUCCACAGGCUGGAGGCUGGGGAACGGUACCAGAUUGUGAUCGCCUCGGUCAGCGGCUCCCUAAAGAACCAGAUAGAUGCAGUUGGGCGGACAGUCCCAGCAUCAGUCCAGGGAAUAAUUGCCGACAAUGCAUACAGCAGUCAUUCCUUAAUGGUAAGUUGGCAAAAAGCUGUUGGUGUGGCAGAAAGGUACGAGAUCCUGCUUCUAAACGACAAGGGGAUCCUUCUGAGUAACACAUCAGAGCCAGCCGCCACCAAGCAGCACAAAUUUGAAGACCUAACGCCAGGAAAGAAAUACAAGAUACAGAUCCUAACUGUCAGCGGAGGGCUCUUCAGCAAGGAAGCCCAGACUGAAGGCCGCACAGUCCCGGCAGCUGUCACCAACCUGAGGAUCACGGAGAACUCCACCAGACACCUGUCCUUCAGCUGGACCACCUCAGAAGGGGAGCUCAAUGGGUACAACAUCUUUCUGUACAACCCAGAUCGAACGCUUCAGGAAAGAGCUCAGGUUGACCCACAAGUCCAGAGCUUCUCUUUCCAGAACUUGCUACAAGGCCGAAUGUACAAAAUGGUGAUCGUAACUCACAGUGGGGAGCUGUCUAAUGAGUCUUUCAUAUUCGGAAGAACAGUCCCAGCUUCCGUGAGUAACCUCAGAGGAUCCAACCGGAAUAUGACAGACAGUCUCUGGUUCAGCUGGAGUCCGGCCUCUGGGGACUUUGACUUUUAUGAGCUGAUUCUCUACAACCCUAAUGGCACGAAGAAGGAGAACUGGAGAGACAAGGACCUGACCGAAUGGCGUUUCCAUGGCCUCAUUCCUGGAAGGAAGUACACGCUGUGUGUGGUAACUCACAGUGGGGACCUCAGCAACAAGCUCACGGGCGAGAGCAGAACAGCCCCAACUCCUCCCAGUCUUAUGUCAUUUGCUGAUGUUACAAACACAUCCUUGGCCAUCACCUGGAAGGGGCCACCAGACUGGACAGACUAUGAUGACUUUGAGCUGCAGUGGUCCCCCAGAGAUGCAAUCACGGUCUUCAACCCCUACAGCAACAGGAAAUCAGAAGGACGCAUCAUAUAUGGUCUUCGUCCAGGGAGAUCCUAUCAAUUUAGUGUCAAGACUGUCAGUGGUGAUUCCUGGAAAACCUAUAGCCGACCAAUAUUUGGAUCCGUGAGGACAAAGCCGGACAAGAUUCAAAACCUGCACUGCCGGCCUCAGAACUCCACAGCCAUCGCCUGCUCUUGGAUCCCUCCUGACUCUGACUUUGACGGGUAUAGCAUUGAAUGUCGGAAAAUGGACACUCAGGAAGUUGAGUUUUCCAGAAAGCUGGAGAAAGAGAAAUCUCUCCUCAACAUCAUGAUGCUCGUGCCCCAUAAGAGGUACCUGGUGUCCAUCAAGGUGCAGUCGGCCGGCAUGACCAGCGAGGUGGUGGAAGACAGCACUAUCACAAUGAUAGACCGGCCCCCUCCUCCACCUCCACAUAUUCGGGUGAAUAAAAAGGAUGUGCUAAUCAGCAAAUCUUCCAUCAACUUCACUUUCAACUGCAGCUGGUUCAGCGACACCAACGGAGCUGUGAAAUACUUCACGGUGGUCGUGAGAGAGGCUGAGGGCAGUGAUGAGCUGAAGCCGGAACAGCAACACCCUCUGCCCUCCUACCUAGAAUACAGGCACAACGCCUCCAUCCGGAUGUAUCAGACCGAUUACUUUGCCAGCAAGUGUGCUGAGAGUCCUGACAGCAACUCCAAGAGUUUUAACAUUAAGCUGGGAGCAGAGAUGGAGAGCCUGGGUGGAAAAUGCGAUCCCAACCAGCAAAAAUUCUGUGACGGGCCGCUGAAGCCGCGCACUGCCUACAGAAUCAGCAUUCGAGCUUUUACACAGCUGUUUGAUGAGGACCUGAAGGAAUUCACGAAGCCACUCUAUUCUGACACAUUUUUCUCCUUGCCUAUCACCACUGAGUCAGAGCCUUUAUUUGGAGUUAUCGAAGGUGUGAGUGCUGGUCUGUUCUUAAUUGGCAUGCUGGUGGCUGUGGUUGCCUUAUUCAUCUGCAGACAGAAAGCCAGCCAUGGUCGAGAAAGGCCCUCUGCCCGCCUGAGCAUUCGCCGGGAUCGACCAUUAUCUGUCCACUUGAACCUGGGCCAGAAAGGUAACCGGAAAACGUCUUGCCCAAUAAAAGUAAAUCAGUUUGAAGGGCACUUCAUGAAGCUGCAGGCUGAUUCCAACUACCUUCUGUCCAAGGAAUACGAGGAUUUGAAAGAUGUGGGUCGAAACCAAUCAUGUGACAUUGCGCUCUUGCCGGAGAAUAGAGGGAAAAAUCGAUACAACAAUAUAUUGCCCUAUGAUGCCUCUCGAGUGAAGCUGUCGAAUGUAGAUGAUGACCCAUGCUCAGACUACAUCAAUGCCAGCUACAUCCCUGGCAACAACUUCAGAAGAGAAUACAUUGCUACUCAGGGACCUCUUCCUGGCACCAAGGAUGACUUCUGGAAAAUGGCAUGGGAACAGAAUGUUCACAACAUCGUCAUGGUGACCCAGUGUGUGGAGAAGGGCCGAGUGAAGUGUGACCAUUACUGGCCAGCAGACCAAGAUUCCCUCUACUACGGGGACCUCAUCCUGCAGAUGCUCUCAGAGUCUGUGCUGCCCGAGUGGACCAUCCGGGAAUUUAGGAUAUGCAGCGAGGAACAGCUCGACACACACAGGCUCAUCCGCCACUUUCACUACACAGUGUGGCCAGACCACGGGGUCCCAGAGACCACCCAGUCCCUGAUCCAGUUUGUGAGAACCGUCAGGGACUACAUCAGCAGGAGCCCCGGCGCCGGGCCCACCGUGGUGCAUUGCAGUGCCGGUGUGGGUAGGACUGGAACCUUUAUUGCAUUGGACCGAAUCCUCCAGCAAUUAGACUCCAAAGACUCCGUGGACAUUUACGGAGCCGUGAAUGACCUAAGACUUCACAGGGUUCACAUGGUCCAGACUGAGUGUCAGUAUGUAUACCUACAUCAGUGCGUAAGAGAUGUCCUCAGAGCAAGGAAGCUACGGAGUGAGCAAGAAAACCCCCUGUUUCCAAUCUACGAAAAUGUGAAUCCAGAGUAUCACAGAGACCCGGGCUAUUCAAGGCAUUGAGAAUGUAUCUGAAGAUCUCUCGGAUAAAAACUAUUCACUGUGUGAUUUAAAAACAAAACAAAACAAAACAAAAAAAUUUGCUUCUUGCCCUACAGAGGUGCCAACUAUUUCUGUUGAUACUAUGUAUAAUUUAUUAAUCUGGAGAAUUUUAAAGAAUUUAUGUAAUUUAAAGGUAACAGAUAUUAUUGUACAUAGUUGUAUUUUGUAGUUUCUUCUGUAAAUAUGUAUUUUUUCAUAAUGUUUAAUAUUAAGCUUUAUAUAAUACUAUUUUUCCACACUAAAGUGUUCAUGUAUUGUUCUACAUAAACUAAUUCAACCUGUAUGACAGGACUACUGGGAAAAUGUAGAUGGAAGGGGUUGCAGGGACAAUCCCAUGGGCCAUGGUUUUGACCUGCUUUGAUAUUCGCUGGUCAGGAUAAAGGCAGGGCUGGGGAAAGCACGUAAUACAGCUGGCUUUCCUGCAUUGCUCUUCUAGGAACCUAGGGAUCCAAAGAUGAUCCAAAUGCUAUUUGGACAAACGUAAUAGUCAAAAAAGGAUUGGGGGAAAGGGGUUAGGCAGCCCCAAAGCUGAAAUAGGUGGUUAUCCCUAAACUAGUUUAUCUCUCCCCUUUCUCCUGCCAGAGGUUCAAGCCAAAGUGGUCGGUUCAGGGACCAUGUAACUUGCAGAGAAGUCCAGGCUUCAGGGUUGAGGAUUCUGAUAGAGAACAAUCCAAACAGAAGUGAUGAAUUUCUUAUAUCAAGAAGAAUGCCCCCUGUACCCCUGAGUGGAAACAAAAUUGACAUGCAAAGUGCCAUCCAGAGUGACUAGAGAUUAUGUCACUGCAGUCGCAGUGUGGGGGCAUGCCUACCCAUACUGGACUGAGUGGCUUGAUGCACACAUACUCAUCUUUGUCUUAUUUCUAGUGGGCUGCAUUCCUGGAAAGGUCAAAAUUAUGUCACUCAUCUUGGGUUUUCCCAUUAAAAGAAGAUUGUUGUGGCAGAUUAUAUUUCUGAUCAAAGGACUUGGUAUUAACAUCUUUAUAGAAAUGUCCACAAACAUCAGAUAUAGUACAUUUAAAAAAAACAAAACAAAACUCAGUCGUGCUUAAUAUAGAAAUUCCCAAAAGACUUUUUUAGUAAAUCACUGAGGUCAAAAUAUCAGUAGUCACCUGAAGGUGCAUUUGACAUAAAAGCCGAGUGUAUCUUCAGUAUUUGUGCCUAUUUUGACUUUAACAAAUUUCCGUGGGUUAGAAAGUGGGCAUUGCCCUCCUCAAGCUCCAGUUCUGAGGGUCUUCCUGGGGACAAUUUGAAAGUUAUCUGUAUGAAAUCUUCAUGGCUACUUGAGAAAGGAGCCAGGAUGUUCGCCUUUUUCUCACUUACAGAUCUCUCCACGAUAAACCUAAGAAUUAGAGAUGGACGUCAUUGACCUUACAGCUUCAACUGCAGAAAGAAUACAUUUCUUUUUAAAGUAUGUAUUUUUGCUACAUACAAUAAAAUCCCAUAAGUAAUAUAAUGCAUGUAAAUGAAAAUCAUUAAAUAUAUCCAAAAUAGUUAUCUGUGGUUAUGUAAAUUUCCACACACACCAGAAAAAUUUCCAGGGCUACUUGAAGUUUAUAAAAACAGGGGGAAACUUUCUAAGAAUCAAUGUGAAGAGUAAUAAAAGGAUUCCAAGUUUUCACAGUCUCAUUGUGCUCAAUGCCCUUGUGAAAUAGCAGUGAUAGGCUCUGCUUCUGUUUCAGGGAACUAGGUGGAUCUUCUAGAAAUGAAAAGGAACAAUAUAUACGUAAGGGUGGCAGAGGUACCAGCAGGAAGAAAAUAGAGGUCAGAGAUUUAUGAGAUGUGGCGUCUAGUAGGAAUAACUUUCCCUGCAUUGAAAAGAAAAAGCAAGGGAAAAACAACAGAUUUUUAAACUAACGUUGCUUGGCACAAAGCACAUUACCACAUGGAAAGAGAAAUUUGUUUUUGGCCUUUCAUUCAUUCAGAAAAGUUUUACUAAUUGCCUGUAACCGGCUAAGCACUGUCCUAGAAGCGACAUGUUUCUACUCAAUAAAGAAAAUGCAUCACGAUAAAAAAGGUAGGGUGGUUGUUACUAUUGCCAAUUAAGCUUGAAAGAGAGCCUCGGGGAGCCAGUGAAAGAAGCAAGCAGCCCAGGGUGGUGGCCGCCUUCCGCACAGCAUGCUGCCAGACGCUGAUGCUGCUUCCCUAGCAAACCACUGGAUGUAGAAGAGAAAGCAAUUCAUUGCACCAACCAGGAAUUAAAACUGUAAAAAACCUACACAUCUGUAACAGUAAAUAAUGUUCACGGACCCUGGUGUAUCUGGGGUGGCAUCACUGUUAUGGAAAUGGACACGACGAGGGAAACUGUGUAUGUUCUUUCAGGCUAAUCCAGGAGAUGUUUAUUCCUACCCUCCACCUGUCUAAUUUUAAAUCUCCUUAGCAACAAAUAUUUCACUAUCUUCCCUCUGGCCGCCACCAAAGACUAAAUACAUUAUCUAGUUGAUCUGUUUAUUAAAUUUAGGAGAGGGAGAAAGUUUCCUUGACAUUCAGCUCAAUUGGAUGUAUUUUAAUUUAAUCCCAUCAUGUGUAUGUCUUGGUAAACACUCCAUUUCCUGUCAUGGUGGGCAUCCUGUUUGCAUCUGUGCACUCCACUUUAAUCAUCCAGCCUUCAAAGUGCUUUUGAGCCAUCAAAUCUUGGGAGAGUCCCAUCUUGAAUCUUAAUCAUUAUUUAUCCAAGUUCUUUAUAAAUAAUAUCUCCUUUAAUCUCUACUCAUUAAAUCGAUUUCGUAUUAUCAUCCUGUUGCUCUCUGGAUAGCAGCCAGGUUUUUAGCUCUUGAAUCAGAUUUUUCAAAGACUCAUCUCCCUGCCUGGGCCUGCACGUAUUUGUCCUAAGUAAUUCACCAUCCCUUAACACUUCUGAGUCCCUCUUUUUCACUACUUCUUCCCUUCUCCUUUUUUUGAACAUGUUGGCUUUCCCAGUCGAAUGUGAUUUUAUUUUCUGUUCAUCUUAUCUCUUUAAACCCCCUGGCAUUUCAUAGUCUUUUCAGGCUCCACAUUAUAGAAGAGAUGACCAGGGCUUCACUUUUAAAUACUAAAAUGGUCAUGGCACACAGACAUGUUGGGGACAGUUUUAUUUGGAAGGGUCUUUAAUUAAUUUUGUUAUUACCUCUUGGAGGAGAGCCCGAAGUGACAUGGGAAAAUAAUAUGAAACCACCAAGCAGAUGUCCAGCAAUACAAAAAUAGACCUCACAUGCUAUACUUCACACUCUGAUUCUCUUGCCUUAGUGUCUCAGGAUCCAGCUUCUUAUAUUAAACACUCUCCUUAUUUUUUUACAAGAAAAUUAUUGGCCAUAUACUAAAUUCCCAAUUACUUAGCUCUCUGAGUCUUGGAGGUUGGAAUCCGGAAGUCAUAAACUGGCCAGAUCUGUGUGACAGCAAACUGAGAGGACUUGAGCCCCAACCCUGGGAGGCUCUAGAGUUUUAAUUCAGCCACAUGAGCCACGCCAAACUUGACCUGGUAGUGAAAAGCAAUAGAAAACAGCUGCUUGUUUGAGGUGGUAGUUCAAGGACUUUCCAGGUUACAUGAGGACAUGAAAGUAAUUCACCAGCCAAGACAGAGUGGCAAGAAGGAAUGGCUGAUCCUCCCCCAGGUAGGUGGCUGUGAGCAGCCCUCAACCCUACGUCAUUCCUAAAGAGUCGGAGUGGAAAGGCCAUUAUCAGUCCAAAUGCCCUGUUAAGCUUCUGAAUAUUUUUAACCAGAGAUUUCAAAUCAUAUCAAGUAUUCAAAAAAGUUUCAUAUCAGAGGAAAAUCUGUAAAUCAUGACUGCAGAAAGCAAGUGAAAUGAUACAACUAAAAGGGGAAAUAUCUGAAAAAGGGCAUCUAACCAGGCGUCAUCAGGAAGAGAAAAUGGCAUCCUUUUUGUGUGUCCAGACUGUUCUUUGAAAAUGUCAUAUUUCUAUUAGGACUUAUUAUCCUUUGGGGGGUGGGGCUCUCUUUGAUUUCAUCAGCUGGAUGAUUUAGCCGAUUAAGCAAUUGAAUUAAUUCAUUUAGUUUUGUGAAUUGGCCAGGUGUUUGACUAAACUGAUGAAGCUUGGAAUUCAAGCACACUACCUUAGAUUCUUGUAGUGGAUGAUGCCUUUGAAAGUGGCCAUUUUAGGUAAAAUACAGGGUAACAUUUGAUACAGCCACGGUAAUAGCAAAAAUCUGUUCUGUUCUAAAAAUGUUUCUAGCAAUGGAAAUAUUUCUGACUAAAAGAAUACUCUUGACUUGUAGGGAGGCUCCCUAGGAAUAAAUGUAUGCAACAAAAAUAAGGCAUUUUAUUUUCUGUAAAGGUUGUCUAUAUAGAUACAUUCAUGAAAUAAGGAAAUUGUUAGUGAAUGCUCUUAAAAAUAGAGGCUUAUGUAAUGGAAGCAAGAAAUCUAUUAACAGGUUUACCAAAGAUUAUUUUUUUAGCCAAUAUGCCAAUGUACAUGAUCUUACAUGUUACCAAAAUAAGUUGCUCAACACCGUGAAUAACGUCAGACGAAUGUAAUGUGCCCCUUCUAGAAUCAUCACAAAAAGUGUUGGUUAUGGCUGUCUUCUGCCUUAAAUCAUUUCUUUUAGGAAAGACCAUCUUCACAAGAGCAAGCUUUUGGUUAUGUUCGAGAUGUUGUGUUUCAACAGCUGAGUGAGCAGCUAAGCAUCCCAACAAAAGGGAGCCUAUUCAGUUGUGGCUUUAGGGGUUUGUAGUACAGCGGGUACCCCAUGCAAGCUGGUGGCGGGGGGCGGGGGCAGUCUGCAGUGGCCUGCGUGAAAGUUCCUACUCUCAGCCACACUGACAACCGGGUGUACCAGUGUUCUCGUCUGGAGAGCCCUUAAUCUCUGGUCUUCCACGUGGGACUCAUCAGGCUUGUACAUUCUACAAAGCCAAGGAUCAAGUCUUCAAUCUCAUCUCUAUUGCCACCUUGUAGAAAUUAUUUCACAGCUCAUAUACGUUCAGCAUACGCACCUUGAGUAGAAACUGCUCCUGGCCCCAAUACUUUGGAUGUUAGGUAGGCAGUGUCUAAUAACACUGCCGUCCACGGAGGGGCAUCUGGCUAUUCCUUGAGUUAUGUGCAGCUUAAAUAAACACGGUAAAUAAAUCCAGCAACUGAACAUACUAUGUUCUAUAACAGAGCACUUUUAUGUUUUUAGUAUCAUGUAUUCUUUCUCUGCAACUCUGGUUAUUUAAAAUGGCAGUAGAUGAUUUUAUUUUUUCAUACUAUUGUACCUCCUCACAAUAUUGUGUUUCUAACCUACUCUAUUCAAACAAAGAACCUCAUUAGUCUUCCUGUUUAAAUUAUGUAUUUGCUUAAUAUAUUUGCACAUUUGUAACUGUGGUCAAAAAAAUCUAUCUAGUAUCUCGCACACCUUCCCGCUAGUACAGGAAUAAAAUUGCUCUUUGUUGAAGCAAA